CAAGGCUAGGAGCCUGGGAGGGGUUGGGGUUAUGUGUUAUGAUGACUGAAGGCAGGCGCUAGCCCCAGACUCCCCCGGUCUGAGGGAAGCCGCUCAGCAGCCAGCUACUACCAGCACCCCCCCAACAGUCUGACCCUUGGGGCUCAGUGAAAAGGCCCAGCCAGAACCCGGGUGAAGAGGGCCUGUGGAUGGUGCAGACACUGACUCCCCCUCCACUCUCUCCAGGUCACUGUGGAGGCACCAGGCCACCAUGCUCAGCCUCAAGCUGCCCCAGCUCCUGCAAGUCCACCAGGUCCCCCAGGUGUUCUGGGAAGAUGGCAUUAUGUCUGGCUACCGUCGCCCCACCAGCUCGGCCUUGGACUGUGUCCUCAGCUCCUUCCAGAUGACAAACGAGACGGUCAACAUCUGGACUCACUUCCUACCCACUUGGUACUUCCUGUGGCGCCUCUUGGCGCUGGCAGGGGGCCCGGGCUUCCGGGCGGAGGCAUACCACUGGCCGCUGCUUAUCUUCCUGCUGCCCGCCUGUCUCUACCCCUUCGCGUCGUGCUGCGCGCACACCUUCAGCUCCAUGUCGCCCCGCGCGCGUCACAUCUGCUACUUCCUAGACUACGGAGCCCUCAGCCUGUACAGCCUGGGCUGUGCCUUUGCCUAUGCUGCCUACUCCAUGCCAGCCUCCUGGCUGAACGGCCGCCUGCACCAGCUGUUUGUGCCCACCGCCGCACUCAAUUCCCUCCUGUGCACCGGCCUCUCCUGCUACUCCCGCUUCCCCGAGCUAGAAAGCCCUGGGCUCAGUAAGGCCCUCCGCACAGCUGCCUUCGCCUACCCCUUCCUGUUCGACAACCUCCCGCUCUUCUAUCGGCUCAACCUGUGCUGGGGCCAGGGCCACGACUGUGGGCAGGAGGCGCUGAGCGCCAGCCACUGCUACCACCUCCUCUGUGCACUGCUCACGGGCUUCCUCUUCACCUCCCACCUGCCUGAGCGUCUGGCUCCAGGACACUUUGACUACAUUGGCCACAGCCACCAGCUGUUCCACAUCUGCGCCGUUCUGGGCACCCACUUCCAGCUGGAGGCAGUGCUGGCCGAUAUGGGGUCACGUCGAACCUGGCUGGCCACGCAGGACCCUGCCCUAGGCCUGGUGGGCACGGUGGCCGCGCUAGGCGUGGCGGUGGCCGGGAAUCUACUCAUCAUCGCCACCUUCACAGCCUCUCUGCUUCGGGCCCCUGCUUCAUGCCCCUUGUUACAGGGUGGCCCCCCGGAGGGGGGCACCAGGGCCAAACAACAGUAA